AUGUUACCGGCGCGGGACGAAUCAGGACGCGUGCUGCCAGAUCACGCAGCCAGCAGACAAACAACGACGGUAUUCAGUGUAGGAAGGCUCGGAUCAACGCGUGGGUUAGCCGAACUAGGCGCCCAAAGGAAACUUGAUCAUCUCGUAUUCGUAUCGUUCGACGAAGAAGAGAUAGUACACAACAGCUGGCCAACAACGUGGAGUCCACACGUAUGCGGCUCAUCGGAUACCAGUUCUUUCGGCAGCAGAGGGAGAGGAUAUCCUCUAGGAGUGGAAAGAACGGUUGAAAAAGAGGUCACAAACUGUGACUUCGAGCCUAAAGAGGUUCGCGGAGUGUGGGUUAGUCAAAACGAACGAAGGGAUGUAAUCCGUUACAUAUCGCUUGGGCGAGAGGGUCAACAAUACAAGCAACUUCAAUCAUCACAACGAAACCACAAGCAAGCAAACUCACAUCAUCAUACCAAACAACGAAAACACAAGCAGCAGUCAUCGCCACGGUUAAGUUUCAGCAUAUCGAUCGUCGAGAAUCACUAUGAGUUUCAACAGUACUUUAUCUAUUGUUUUCCAUUCGUAGUAAUGAAGAUCUAUAUAUAUAUCUCGCAGGUUAUCGCUACGGGAAGCAAGGAGAAUUCAAAUGACGAGAAGGACGACAGUGCCAAAAACAAGUGA